UGUUGAAUUGAAUCUCCACAAGCCCUCUGUUCUGGUCAUCACUCUCAAUUCGAAAUAGUUCAAUUUCACGUAGAUCCCGUAGCUCUCCUCUGCUGCUCUACCCACCAGUACCAUGGUUCUCUCGUCGGUCUGCCCGCGGGCUCUUUGUCCUGUCGCUUGCCCGUCGGCCACGCAAGGCAGAGACGCCCAUAGCCACGGACGAAUUUCAUCUGUUCGCUCAGGCUCCGUUUUAUUGUCAGUCGCUGCGUCCCCCGUCCGCUCCUCGUCUCUCGCCUCCGUCUCCCACCUCCCGACGUCUCUCACAAACUCCGCGCGCCCCCGAUCCUCCACCGUCUCCGCGCGCCCGCGCGUUCCCGCUCUCACUCCGCGCGCAAGCGUCGGCGCGGGGAACGAUGCGGCAGUGAGCGCGGAGGCGGACGACGAGCAGUGCGAGAUCGUGCACGGGCGGGACCUGCUGCUGGGGGGGGAUGAGGGGCCCACAGAUGCGAGUGCAACCACGUCCGCCGCCAUUGCGGCUGAGGCGCACGGGCUGGCGGAGGAUCGGGAGGGGUUCCGCGCGCAUCUGGUGGCGCCGAUUAAGAAUAAGAACGGGAGCGGCGUGGUGCUGCUGUCUGAUGUGAUGGGGAUCGAUGACAAGGACACAAAAAUGUUCGCGUACCGACUCGCGUGCUUCGGCUACAGUGUACUCAUGCCCGACCUCUUCCGCGGGCAGCCCUGGGACGCUUCCCGCCCACAGGAGGAGUACGAGGCGUGGCGCGAGGCAAUCAACUCCGCGCAGGUAUCCGCUGACAUCGACACCGCUGCUCGCCACCUCGCCGCCUCCAUUUCCCUCCCCACGCCCGUCAGCCCUGGCAACGGGCGGGUCGCCCUGCUCGGGUUCUGCUAUGGUGGGGGCCGGCUGAUUGAGGCUCUGGCUCGGGAUGGCAGCAGUGGGAGUGACAGUGCGGGGUUGUCGGCGGAGUUGUUCAGCGCAGGGGUGUUCUUCUACGGGACCAGGUUCGAUCCUGCUGUUGCUGGGAGCAUCCGGGUGCCGCUGCUUCUGGUAGCGGGGGAUAGCGACUCGCUUUGCACCAUGGAGACGCUGCAAGAGGUGGCGAGGAGAGUGAAGGGAGGAGGAGUGGGGGAGGAGGUGGAGGUGGUGACGAGGGUGUAUGCGGGGCGGGGCCAUGCGUUCGCGCACAGGCCGAAGAGCAUGGAGGAGGAUGAGGAUGCGGAGGAUGCGUUUCACGCCACAAGGCACUGGCUGCACGCACACCUGCUGGAAGGCGCACCAGGAUGGACUGAGCCCGUUGCAGUCAGCAAGCAGUAGGGGGGUGGGUGGGGUGUGAGGGUUGGGUUGUGAGGGCGAGCAGCGUUGGGGGAGUUCCAGGGUUGAGUUGAGGUGCUAUGGGAGGUGCCUGAGGCGUGUCCCUGGGAGGUACAGAUUGUGGGGGUUAGGUAUCUUUCCUGGUGCAGAGACACUGAAGGGGAGUGACUGCAUGUGUGUGGGGAUGUGUGUGGGGUUGUGUGUUUGCUAGAGAUAAGUCGAUGGGAAGGCAAGUGUGAGGAAGCGGUAGAGAAUCUAGGGAGUGUGUUGGCUGAUAGGAUUGUGUAUGAAGCCCUACUGUGUUCUUCAACAUUAAGCAUUGAGUCCAGGUAUCUGUUAGCUGGCAAUCAAGAGGGCUGUUUAAUUUCCUUAUGAACU